AUGGACAGGGUGACGGCUGGCCCCGGCGGCGUGGCGCCGCAUCUCAUAGCUCCGGACGUGGACAUGACCGGCUUCUCGGAGGACGACCUGCGCUUCCUGGUGCUCCGAUCGAGGCUGCACUCGGGCGACAUGCCGAUGCAGGGCGGGCAGAAUCUGAUGGGCGCCGACGUGUCUGCCCUGAGCCGCCCCUCGGCCCAGCUGGUGCCGGGGGUCCCGGGCACCGCCGGCUUCGCGGCGCCCGGUGCGGGCCUGGUGGGCCUGAGCCGGGAGAUGGCGCACCCCAACCCGGGGCCCCUGCUGCUGGGGACGGGGGGCAUGCAAAGCCACCAGGUGGCGCAAACGCUGGCGGUGCCCUCCAACCUGCUGUUUGACAACUACAAGGCCCUGUCGGAUUUGGGGACCGUGCCGUUGAAAACAGGGCUUUUGCAGCCAAGUGAAACUGUUGAGCAGCAGACGCCCGUUGGAGGUGGAUCCCCUGACAGCACUGAUAUGCAGGCACCCAACUCGGAGGAGCAGGUACUGCGGACACAGAAGAAAAGGGAGAAGAACAGAAUUGCUCAACAGAGGUUCAGGCUGCGGCAAAAGCAAUUGGUGUCUGAUCUGCAGGACGAGUUGUCCAAGAAGUCCAGGGAGCUUGAGGAACUCAGGCAGACGAAGGUGCAAGCUGAGGAGGAGAACAAGGCGCUCAGGAAGGCCUUGGCACACCUGGAGGUGGAUGUUGACAAGGUGCUGCAGGCGUCAAAUGCAAGCCCACAGCACCCAUCUGAAGAGCCCCAAGCCACAGCACCAGUUAUCAAACAAGAGGACCAGAGCUGUCAAACCAAGGAGGACGACUCCAUGAGCAGAGAUCCCGUUGGUCCCAUCGAUCCCGUUGGUCCAAUCGAUCCGAUCGAAGUGCAGGAGCCAGGCAAAGACCCUGAAGAGUUGUGA